AGAAGGAAUGUAAUUAGAGAACAAUGGAGAUACUAAAUUUAUUGGUUCUCAUUGGAAAGAAUUAAUCCUCUUUAAUGAAUUGAUGGCUGCCGAGUCUUCUGGAAAAGACUCUCAAUUGUCUGUUUUUACUAUUGCUUUAUUGAGAGAUACUGGUUAUUAUGCCGAAGUAAAUGAAAGUAUGGCUGAUGAUUUUUAAUCGGGAAGAAAUAGAGGAUGUGAUUUUGUUCUUAAAGCUUGUUAAUCUGAUACUUAAUAUCCAGAAUUUACUUAAAAGAAAUAUUCUCCAGAUUAAUGCACUUCGAAGAAUAAUGGUUAUGGAAAAGUUAAAUAAAUUGAUUUAUAUGAUAAUUGUAAAACAGU